UUAAGGAUAUCAUAAACGCUUCCAUGAAAGAAAUAGAGGACAAAAACAAAGAGAUUGACACUUUAAACGAGCGACUAACCGCUGCGGAACAACAAAAAAACAAACUGGCAAAAGAACAAGCCGACCAAGAGCAAAAAGAAAAAUCCGAAAGAGAAAAGGAACAAGAACGAGAACGCCAACUAAAAGCCCAACGAGAGAAACAAAAAAAACUUGAAACAGAACAACAAGCAAACGCACGCAAAUUAGAGGAUUAUGAAAAAAUGCUUAAAGAAGCGAAAAACGAGAGAGAGCGUUUACAAAUUUACGAGCAAAAAUUAAUUUCUCUGACUGCUCUGGUACAAGAUAAAGAUAGGGAAAUAGAAACCAUAACGGACGAGGAAAAAAACGCUAGGAUAAACGCAUUAAACCUAGAAAAAGCCGCCCUUGAAAAUAAAGAAAUUGGUUAUAAAGGCAAAAUUGAAUUAUUAGAAAAACAAAAGAAGGACUUACAAGAAUACCAACUCAAACUCUCCAAUGAAAAAGCACAAGAGGAACAAAAAAACCAAACAUUAAGGCAAACA